GGAGAUUGGAGGACGGCUUCUCACAGUAGAAACUAGACUUCCAAAUGAUCUGCCUGAGUUUGAGGGAGAUUUCUCAUUGGAAGGGCUACGCCUCUGGAAGACUGCAUUUUCAGCCAUGACACACAGUCCUAGACCAGGUUCACCGCCACGUAAUUGUCAUUCCAUUGCUGGCAAAGGAGAAAUUAAUAGCCAUAAAACUAGCGAAGAUAAAAAAAUCGUCAUCAUGCCAUGUAAAUGCGCACCGAGUCGCCAACAGGUUCAGAUGUGGCUUCAUGCCAAAGAAGAGUAUGAGCAUAUCAAGAAAUUGCCUAAGGCUCAGCCUGUUGACACUGAGAACGCAACAGAGAAUUUCAGAUCCAUAGCAUUGCCUAUAGAUCAGCCUACUGAAGUGGUAAAAGCAGCUAAGAAUUUCAGUUUACCUAGCCUGCAAGACAGCAUACCUAUUGUGCCUACAAAAGAUGCUCCUGUUUCACAGGCAGAUCCUACACCAACACAGACCAAGGAAACUUGUGAUAAAUAUAUUAAUACUGUACAGAUUUCUACAAAUACCAUAGAACCCAGUAAAACUCCACCUGAAAGCAGGACAUUGCUGCUUGCUCCUUCAGCAAUAGAACUUGAUAAAGAAGAAGAGGAUGAUGAUUAUUAUGUCAAUUAUAGUUCACCAGAUUCACCAGUGCUUCCACCUUGGCAACAAGCAGCAUCCCCAGAUUCCAAACCAUCUAGUUUAGAAGAUGCAGACUGGCAGAGUCAGAACAUAAUUUCAUCUCCUGUGAAAGAAAAUGACACAGCACACAGUGAGAAUGUACAGAAACAUGUCAAAGACGAAGGUCGGGCAUCCUUCAGCACAUCUCCACUUCUGGUCAGAGAAGGUGCUGGAAGUUCUGAAUCAGUUUGCCUACAUAGCACACCCAUUGUACAGAGAAAAUGUCAAGAAAGAAUAGCUGAAGCACUUGAUUUUACUCCUUUAUCAACAGAACCAAAGAUGCAGAAAUUGAAUCAUAGAAGAGGAAGUAACUCUGACACUCUUCGAAGAGUACUUUUAACAACACAAGUGAAGAAUCAGUUUGCUGCUCUCAAUGCCCCAAAGAAAGAAACUUCUCAGAUUGAAGGACCAUCUUUAAACAACUCUUACGGUUUUAAAGUCAGUGUGCAAAACCUGCAGGAAGCAAAGGCUUUACAUGAG